AUGUCGUCGAAGAGAAAGACGAAGGAAACACCCAAAAAAAUAAUAACAACAAAGGCAAGUCGAAAACCCCCGCUCACACCCAAGAAGCGAAAACAAAAAGAACCUCAAAUUCAGAUCACCGAUUCAGACGAAGGUGACCUCUCACCGGACACCACCAAACCAACGAAGAAAAGAAAGAAGCAAAUAAAGACCUUUGACACUCUCUCUCAUCCAAAAAUAAAGGCUACCAAAGUCUCUGCAAAGAAAUCCCCUACUUCAAAGGAACCUUCGGUCGAUCGCGAACCACCAACCACAAAGACUCCUGAACAACGUGAGAGUGAUAAUUCUAGCCCUGAGGAUGAAGAUAGCACAAAGCAAUCAAACAUCACACAAAUAAUCCCAAUAAGCAGUAGCGACCUUUCUUAUCACCCUACCAGCACUCCCUCUUAUCAUCCCAUAUCCCCCAAAGAUUCGACAAAAGAAUCUACAGAAGUGGGCAAGCCUAUUGAGGAUAUGCACAAGGAUCAAGCCGAUGAUUCUAAGCACGGGAAUGAAGAAGAAAAUAAUACCCUUGUCGAAGGGGAAGCGGAUGAGGAGAUGCAGGAUGCUGGUGACAUUGUUGAAAACAUAAUUGAAGAUGGGUCUCCAACAAUUGGAAAUAAAAACACUGAUAGUCCAUAUGACGAAGAAGAAGAGGAUCGUUCCAUGUCUGCUGAGGACGAAGAUGAGGACCAAGAAAAUGUACCACAAGAUGAGCAAAACAAAAAUGUACCAAAGACCAAAGCAACCUCUGAUGUCAGCAUAAGGACUAUGGCAACUUCUACUAGAAACAUUGGUGCCCUCUCUUUAGAAGAACUCGAAGCACUAAAAAUGAGAAAACCAUUGGAAUACCUGAAAGUCAUUAUGAGUGAAAGGGUAGUUCGACUGACAAAAGCCCCAAUACUUCAACAGCGUCAGGUGGCCAAUCUACCAGCAAAUAUGGUGAUGAAUUACUUCUCAAGAUUAAAUAAAAGGCCUUAG